AUGUCCACUGCGGACCAGUUUGAUAAUCUGGACAAACACACUCAGUGGGGGAUUGACUUUCUUGAUCGCUAUGCAAAGUUUGUCAAGGAGAGGCUGGACAUUGAGCAAAACUACGCCAAGCAGCUACGGAACUUGGUGAAGAAAUACUGUCCAAAACGCCCUAAAGAUGAGGAGCCGAGGUUCACAUCAUGUCUGUCCUUCUACUCCAUACUGAAUGAGCUCAACGACUAUGCUGGUCAGAGGGAGGUGGUGGCGGAGGAGAUGGCUCAUAAGGUGUAUGGAGAGCUGAUGAGGUACAGCCAAGACCUCAAAGCUGAGAGGAAGCAUCAUCUACAGGAGGGCAGGAAGGCUCAGCAGUAUUUGGAUCAUUGCUGGAAACAGAUGGACAAUAGUAAAAGGAAGUUUGAGAGGGAGUGUAAAGAAGCAGAGAAAUCCCAGAUUACCUACGAUCGGUUAGAUAAUGACAUCAACGCCACCAAAUCAGAGGUGGAGAAGGCCAAAGCCCAGUUCUACCUGCGGACUCACAUGGCCGAUGAGAGUAAGAACGAGUACGCUGCUCAGCUACAGAACUUCAACGCAGAGCAGUGGAAACAUUUUAACAACGCCAUACCACACAUCUUCAAGAAUCUGCAAGACAUGGAUGAACGUCGGACAGUGAAGCUCGGAGAGACGUACCGGAGCUUUGCUGAGGCAGAGCGGAGAGUCAUUCCCAUCAUCUCCAAAUGUCUAGAGGGAAUGGUUUCUGCUGCCAAAGCUGUCGAUAUGCGAAAGGAUUCAGCCAUUGUUAUAGAGUCCUUCAAAUCAGGGUUUGAACCUCCAGGCGACUUUCCCUUCGAGGACUUCAGUCAGAAUCUGAGCAGAACGGGUUCAGAUGGGACCAUCAGCAACACACCCAAAGGAGAAAGGGACAAAGACGGGGCCCCGGGGUCACGCACCGACCCAAAACCCCCUAUGAGCAGAGCCAAGAACAAGCUCUGGCUGUUUGGGAAGAAACCAAAGGCCCCGUCUCUGGAGGAUUACAGCCACUUACCCCCUGAGCAGAGGAGAAAGAGGCUGCAGCAGAGGAUCGACGAACUCGGCAAAGAGCUCCAGAAAGAAAUGGAUCAGAGAGAUGCCCUGAACAAGAUGAAGGAUGUGUAUGAGAAGAAUCCACAGAUGGGAGACCCCAGCAGCCUGCAGCCCAAAAUAUCAGAGACCAUAUGUAACAUGGAGAAGCUGCGCUCGGAAAUCCACAAAAACGAGACUUGGUUAUCUGAGGUGGAGGGAAAGCAGAGCUCCAGAGGAGACAGAAGACACAGCGCCGACAGCCACCACCAUCACACCCCUCAAGGCAGAGAGAGUCCUGAGGGCAGUUAUACAGAUGACACCAAUCAAGAGCAUCACACGUCUCACCACCGCCCCAGUCCUCCGAAACACGGACACACCAACACCGAUCCCCACGAGUUUGAUGACGAAUUCGAUGACGACGACCCGCUGCCUGUCAUCGGCCACUGCAAAGCUCUCUAUUCCUUUGAUGGUCAGAAUGAGGGGACGCUGGUGAUGGCGGAAAAUGAGGUGUUGUACAUUAUCGAGGAGGAUAAAGGCGACGGCUGGACGAGGGCGAGGAAGCAGAGCGGAGAGGAGGGCUAUGUCCCCACCUCCUACGUAGAAAUCACCAUGGAGAAAAACAGCAAAGGUGCCGUCACCUACAUCUGAAGCUCCUCUGUCCUCUGUCCUCCUCUCAUCCGUCUGUCAUCCUCUCCACCUCUGCUUUCCAUUCCUCAGAAUAACACUACAAAAGGAAAAAAGACAGCAUCCGAACGCCUGCAUGGACAUUCAUCCGUUUCCUUUUUCUGACUUCCCAUCCCUCCAUCCUCCUCCUCUUUCCUCUAACCCUGUAAUCGUUUGUGCUCGUCCUUCUCUCAUAUCUGUGGGACUGAUGGAGAGAAAUAGGAAAACCUAUUUGGUGUUUGAGUAAUUUGUAUAUGUUUUUAAGUGUGUGUGUGUGUGUGUGAGAAAGAUGCCUCACCAUGUCUUGUGUGUUUUAAGUUUUAUAUAAUAUAUUAGAAACAAUUUUAGCCAUUCUUUAAUUAUUUUGGUGUUUCUUUUGGAGACGUUUAAAACUGAUUUAAGCUUUUUGGAUUCAGGUGUCGACAUAAUUUGAUCGAUGUUCUGAUUUCAUCUGUUUUUAUUUCUGUCUGAUUGCAGUUUGUGUGUGUGUGUUUGUACAUGCACAUUUGUUUUUCUUUGUUACCUGUGCCAUCACACUAAAGGUGGAAUUACACUGACAGGGGGUUGUCUGUUUUCAGCCUUAGUAGAAAAAACGUUUUCAUACUUUACUUUGUUACAGGAGUUUAGUCUUAUUGAUAUUGUCUGUCCUUUCAGUGCAGAGCUGGACAUUGUAAAGGAUAAGGCUGGCAUUACUCUGUAUAUUUCUUAGUUGUUAACAAAUGCCAUGAAAAGACAAAAACCAACACUGUCAGCUUUUCAAUACUAGUUCCUUACCCUGUCUGUGGCUCUCAAUUCCAAGCCUAUUGGACAUCCAAAUCUUUAAAAACACCCCCAAAUAUAUAUUUAUAAUCUUGAAAAAUUGUAGUUCUCAGUAAACAUUACUAAAACUGUAAACAGUGCAAUUGUUAGGGGGGUUUUCAGCUUCAACUAAUGCACAUUUGGUGCUCUAGUGGAGUGGUUUGCAAUGAUUUUGGAAUAUUGAUGGGCUUAAAAACUUUGAGGCAGCUGUCAAGAGUGAGCGAACUUUUUUAGCAACUACUAAACUCUAUACUGUAAGUUGCAAUGCCAAAAUAUGCCAAUAAAUAAACCUUUAAACCUUUAAAUAGGCAAGUCCUGAUGCCGGUAUGGAAUGAUGAUGCACAGAGGAAUAAGAGAUAUCAGCACAGAUAAUACGUUAGUCGGAUGAGUUCAUUGUUGGCUUUAGUCUGGUAUUUGUUGAAAUCUCCAGCCAUAUUCUUUAACUCUAAAAUCUAAAUCCACCAGGAUUUAGGAGAUAAAGUCAGGAAUAAGUUAAAGAAGUAGCAAAGUGCAGUGUGAAAACAAUUUCACUUCAGUUAAAGGAGGCUGUAACAAUUAUAAUUCUCACUGACAAAUCAUGUAUUUUAUGUUAUCUUGCACUUAUAAACUGUUCUUGGUCAUUGUUUGAGUCACUGAUUAAAAACAGCUCUGACCAUUA